AUGCAGCACGAGCACUGUCGGAUAUACUACGACGACGCCGCUACUGAUGAUGACGAUGACGAUGUCCACCCGAUCGCAGUCGUCGCUGUCGUCGCUGUCAUCGUCGCCGUGCGGCGGCUGCCAAGCGACGCGAGCUUCCUCCACUGUCGCCCGUCCCGCGAUCGCCGUUUGGCAGUGAAUCAGGCAAUCUCUAUGCACGAGACCGGGCAGCAGGAGCGCCAGGACAAAGCUGCUCCACGAGGAUUGGUACUGGCGCGUCAAGCAUCCCGCGAGCAUGCCGCGCCAUUACCGAGGCCCAUUGCAGCGCAGCAGAUUGCAUCAGUGCAGCCGGAUCAGCUGGAUACCAAGCGCGAGGGAUCCGCGCCGUCCAUCCCUGCUCCAGUUAAUGCACAGCCGCUCGUCAACCCGCCUGCCGCACAGCAACCAUCUGCAAAUGCACCUGCACAUCUAGCAGAUACUCCAGCGAGUCCAGCAAGUCCAGCGAGUCCAGCAAGUCCAGUUGGUCUGGUCAGCGGUGUCAUCUCACGCCGCACAUCGCCGCAUCUCGUGUUGCCGGACGUCGAUCCCGGCCUUCUGGUCAAGUUUGAGCAGCCCAAGGAUUCCGAGCUUGUCCGAGUAGCUGUGAUUGGUGCGCCCAAUGCCGGAAAGUCCUCCAUCGUGAACAGCAUCGUCGGUCGAACGGUCUCUAUCGUGUCAUCGCGGUCUCAGAGCACGCGGGAGCGCAUCCUGGGAAUUGCCACACGAGCUAAUAAGCAGAUGGUUUUGUUUGAUACUCCUGGACUCCUGCGAUUUAACUUUUCAAGAAGAAUCCCAAUCGGACGAGAACUCUCCCCAGAAAGUACCCGCGCCCUCCUCGAGGCUGAUGUUUCAAUGGUGGUCUACGACGUCAGCAAGCCGCUCACGCCUGCUGACCACGAUUUGUUUGCCGCCAGAAACUACCCUCGCGAGGCCAUUCUAGUUUUGAAUAAGGUUGAUCUAGCACCGAAAGCCGACAUCCUCGCUCGCGCCGAAGAAAUUGUCUCCAGGCCUGGCGCCAAGCAAUUCGAGAAGGUUUUCCUGACCAGUGCCUCUGCACACGGCGGUGUUUCGGAUGUGACGGCUGGGCCUUGGGAGGUUCCUGCCGACUAUAACACUGACCAAUCUCGCCACAAGAUUGUGUGCGAAGUUAUUCGCAAGCACAUUUUCAACAUGUUUGUUGCCGAGUUGCCUUAUCGAGUUACCCAGGAAACGACUCGAUGGCACGACUCUGACACGACCCUCGAGGUUUCGCAAAAGCUCAUUGUGCCCAAGGCGUCCAUGAUGAAAAUCUUUAUCGGAACGAAUGGAGAAAAGAUCAAAAAGCUCAUGGCGCUGUCCGAGGAGGAGCUCAGCCGGAUUCUCGGAGUGCAAGUCUAUCUGCACCUGGAAGUCAAGUCACCCAAGGACUCCCGCAAUCGCCGAUAA